GUUACAUAAAGUAUAGCAUUUGGUUUCAUGGCCUCAUCAAAUAGACACUGGCCUAGUCUCUUCAAGUCCAAACCUCAACACCAUCAAUGGCAACAACAGGAGCAUAACAGAACCUCAAUUGAUUCCGGAUGUGAAGAAAGAAAUAAGGACCCGAAACCGAGAUGGAAUCCGAAGCCGGAGCAAAUUCGGAUACUCGAAGCGAUCUUCAACUCCGGAAUGGUGAAUCCGCCGAGAGAUGAAAUAAGGAGGAUUAGGGUUCAGUUACAAGAGUUUGGUCAAGUUGGUGAUGCGAAUGUUUUUUACUGGUUCCAAAACAGGAAAUCAAGAAGCAAAAACAAACAACCGAGAAACAAUACUAAAUCACACUCCCAUGCUCCUAUCACUACCGCGCUAACUAUGGUUCCUCCACCGUCAUCCUCAUCGAAUAAAUCAUCACAUAAGCCCUCGCAGAAAGAAAAACAGAAUCAGACAACGGUGUGUACCAACAAAUUGGCUCCAUUUUCAGUAAACAUAGUGACUGAUACCUCCUUGAAUUCUCCAACAGCUUCUGUUAACCAGAAUAGCUUUGUUCCUACUUCUGGGGAAUUUUUAACCGAGCCCGAGCCCGAGCCCUUCUUUUUUCCAGUCCUCAGCGGUGGAAAUCAUGCCAGUACUUUUACACAGGGGUUUCGCUCUGCGGAAAUAUCUACAAGUGUGAUUCAUCAACAAAAUCUUGUUGUUGAUGAUCAGACAGUGAAGAAUCAUUCCAAUCUUUUACUAUCUGAUUUAUUGAUGAAUGAUGGAGCUACGAAUUAUAAGAAGGUGGUUCGAGAUGAGAAAAAUAAUGCAUUGCCGCAACAACUGCUAACAAGUUACGGCUCUUCUGCUCCAACAACAAUGGCUUCUAACUCAAUAUAUCUUCCUUCUAACACUCUUCCCUCCGUUGCUGAUAAUGUCCAAGGGAAAUCGACGGUGGUGAUAAAUGAUGUGAGAUUUGAAGUUCCAUCGGGACCGUUGAAUGUGAAAGAAGCGUUUGGUGAUGAUGCGGUGCUCAUACACUCUUCUGGGCAGCCAGUUGUGACCGAUACGUGGGGUGUUACCCUGCAGCCGCUACAGCACGGUGCAUCUUAUUAUCUGGCCAAACCAUCGAUUUCCUUCAUGAUGUUGGUGUGGAGCUUCUUGGCCAUGGCGAUGGAGGAGCCGGUGAAGGAAAAGGAGGUGGAGUUGAAGUCAGCGAAGAGGAAGAAGGAGAAGACGGGAUCGGAGGCAAAGGAGGAGAUAGGGGAAGAAAGGGUUAAUCGGUGGUGGAGGGGCGGUGUUUGA